AUGCCAAAAAUAAAACCAGCCAAAGCCAUUCUUAUAGCGGUUUGUCUUGCCAUCAUUGCCGCAAUCGCAUGGUAUGUAUUAAAGCCUAAAAAUACACAACCUCAGUAUAUAACCUCAGAAGUCACACGUGGUGAUAUUGAAGAUGCAGUUCUUGCAACAGGUGAUUUAGAAGCAACCAAGAUGGUGAGCGUUGGUGCGCAGGUUUCGGGUCAAGUUAAAAAAAUGUACGUCAAGCUGGGUGACCAAGUUAAACAAGGUCAACUGAUUGCACAAAUUGAUUCAGUGCGUCAAAGCAACGAUUUAAAAACGGCUGAAGCCAAUAUUAAAAAUCAACAGGCUCAGUUGACAACCAAACAGGCGACUUUAGCCAAAGCUGAGGCAGAAUAUAACCGCCAAAAAAAUAUGUUUGCACAAGAUGCAACCUCUAAAGCAGAUUAUGACAGUGCCUUAGCCGCAUUUAAAACAGCACAAGCUGAUAUUGCUUCGAUGGAUGCACAAAUUGAGCAAUCCAAACUUACACUUGCAACAUCACAAGAAAACUUAGGUUAUACCCGUAUUGUUGCACCUAUGGACGGCACCGUGGUAGCCAUUGUGACCGAAGAAGGUCAAACGGUAAACGCCAACCAAAGUGCACCGACUAUUGUGAAACUUGCAAAAUUGGACACCAUGACCAUCAAGGCACAAGUGUCUGAAGCAGAUGUCAUGAAAGUUCAAGAAGGUCAAAAAGUUUAUUUCACUACACUGGGUGAUAGUGAGAAAAAACGCUAUGCAACACUGCGUCAAGUAGAGCCAGCACCAGAAUCAAUUAAUACUGAAACAUCAAGCAACUCAUCUUCAUCAUCAACAAGUACAGCGAUUUAUUAUAAUGCCCUAUUCGAUGUACCAAACGAUGACGGUAAACUCCGAAUUGAUAUGACCGCACAGGUUCUUCAAACCGCCCACAACGUGCCAAUAAAUCCGCAAAUGGCGCAUCUGGUGCAAAUUCAACUCGUUCAGCAUCUGCACCUCAAGGUCAAGCAAAUAAAAAUGGACAAAAUGCUGCUGAUCGCCCAGAACGCCUUGAACUCACAGCAGAUGAAAAGACUUUGA